AUGGAUAUUGAAUUACCCUCCCCGCCGGCUGUGAGUGCCUUGCGAGAAUCAUUCGGUGAUCGUAAGCCACCAGAUAUUACCCGCAAGAUCACUGCCUGUGUUGCGUGCCGGAAGCAAAAGGUCAAAUGUCAUAUGCGAGAGGGCCAGAUGCCUUGCUCACGCUGCAAGAAGAGAGGUCUCUCAUGCAGUGUCAACAGAAGCCUGCAGACAUUACUAGAAGAGGAUGUUACAUGGAAGGGCGCAAUCGUACAGAAGAUGCGACGGCUCGAGGAAACAGUUGCAAGCAUCGCAACCAGAGUUGGUAUUCCCGAGUUGCAAGCUUUGCAAGCUGGCCCUGAACCCGAGGACCGAUCUAUAAGCCCAGCCGGGGAGGUUGUCAAUCAGGAUCCUUCUUUAAGUCAGCGACGGGAUUCAGCAGAAAGUCGUGAGCCGCAACAGACAUGGGAAGUGAUCAUGGACCCCCGUGGUGGCCCUGCUUCUAUUCCGGCAUCUUGCGUCUCAGAAAGCGGGAAUGCAGGUUUGCCAAAUACCAUGGCAACUUCCCGUCGUCCAGACCUUAUAUCUAUGGGAUUAAUCCCACUACGCCAGGCAUUGGCACUGUUUGAGACAUAUCAUCUCAGAUUGGAUCAUUUUCUCUAUCGCAUUCUGGGAGAUCAUAUCAGUUUGGACUCAGUCCGCAUUGCAUCGCCGUUGUUAACGGCGGCAGUUUGCUCGGUGGGAGCGUUACAUUCUCAAUCUCUCGGUCAUCUCUUCGAAGCGUGCUAUAAUGAGUAUAAGUCACUUGUCGCGGCACAGAUGUUCUCAAGAAAUGUGAAUGAGGACGACAUCCGUGGUCUGUGUGUUGGUGCAUUUUGGCUACAUGAGCUUUCCUGGGCAUUGAUUGGAAAUGCUGUACGAACUGCAUCAGACAUUAAUCUCCAUAGUGGAAUCUACAAAGCUGUGAAGGGUGAUCGCGAAGGUUAUCUCCAAGCUCGACUUUACUAUCUUGUCUACGUCUGCGACCAUCAUUUUUCUAUCGCCUACGGCCGACCUCCCAUGUCCAGAGAAGGCUUCAUUAUUGAUUCUGCUAGUCGGCUAUUAGAUACUGAGCAUGCCACCGAGGAUGAUGCUAGACUGAUUAGUCAGGUCAAAGAAUGGUCCAUCCUAGGCCAAGUCUUUGACACCUUUGGCGUCGAUGUCGAUACCCCCAUUUUACCGCAGACGUUGCCCCAGUUACGUCGAUACUCAAUUUCUCUGGAUACCUGGUUUGCAGACUGGAGCGAAAGCUUCAAGGCCAACCGAAAUGUUGGAAAUUACCCUCAAAAGGGAGUUGGGUUUCACUUCCAUUUUGCAAAGCUUUAUCUUUGCUCGCACGCUUUUCGGGGUGCACCAAUAUCGGAUGAUACACCGCAGUGCAUGUCACCGGAACUGGAAGAGAUUGCCAACGCUGGCGUUUUAUCGGCAAUGUCCAUCCUGCGUGUCAUUGUCUCCGACGACGAAUUCCGUUCUUUCUUAAACGGACUCCCGCUGUACUUUGAUACUAUGCUCGCAUUCGCCGUUGUCUUCCUUCUCAAAGUCGCAACCAAAUACGCGACGGUCAUCCGUAUUGACACAGACAAGAUCCUAUCACUAGUGACCCAGACGGUGUCUGCUCUACGGGAGACUACACAAUAUAUGCAUAAGCAGCACAUCCUCGUGGUUAUUAGUGAGGGUCUAGAAAGAUUGUUGCACAGAUUACCUACUAACUCUACCCAAGAAAUGGUACAACAUGCUCCUCCAGUUCCGGAGCAGCAACUAGGGUUCGAUCUUGGAUGGAUGGAAAAUAUGGCCAGCUUUGAUUUUCAGACUCAGUUCCCUGAUGUUGAUGACUGGUGGCUGCAUUAUAGCACAUCUAUCGGCCCCGCAACACGUCCAAUGAUGCCGUGA